AUGGAUGAUGUGAUCCAAAAGCUGGAUGCCUGUGGAUGCCAUGCUCGCAUAGGGAUAGAAGUCCUGGAGGAUCGAGGCCUGGUAACCAUUGACAACAACAAAUUACUUAGAAUGCAUAAUCUGUUGCAGCUCACUGGAAAGCAAAUCAUAUGUCAAACUUCGCGAAACGAGCUUGGAAAUCGAGGUCUCUACGUUAUGCUGGCAUUCAUGUUUUCAAAGAUCAUGUUGAGCUUCCCAAAAGGAAAGUACCUCAAAGCGGAACUAUUGCAAGCAAUUGGAAGUUCAAAAAUCUCAAUCGUCAUCUUCUCUGGGGAAUAUGUUGGAUCUAAGUGGUGUUUAGAGGAAUUAUCAAUGAUCACGGAGCUUCAUGAAUCAAAUAACAAUCAGGUGAUUCUACCUGUGUUUUACCAUGUGGAUCCAUCAGAAAUUCAUCAUCAAAGUUCACAUUUUGGAAUAGUAUUUAAAGAUCUCAUAAAAGGUAAUUCAUCACCAUCAAAAGAUCGAGUUUCAGAGUGGGGGAAGCCCUUGCUAAGGCUGGAAGCCUUGUAG